GAGAGAUGAGUAAAAUUAUUUCAUAGUCAUAUAUCAAAAUACGAAAUAGUCCUACACUGUGACAUCCUCACGACAAAAACGUCUUACGAUAAACAAGUAAAUAGAGACAGAAGAUUUUUGUAUCAACGAAGACACAGGUCAGGAAAUGUAAACGCUUACUCGCGGGUGCCCGUUAACUUGAAGGUGUUUCUAUGGCAAUCUUGCCCGGUCCAAUAUGGCGGCGCCGUUGACCGACGAUUGAGCGGUCACUUCGUUGUCUCUGGUCACCGCGCGCUACAUUUUAACAUGAGCACCAUCACGUCAUCAGCGGGAAAAGUUGAAAGUGUGACUGUGAGAAGAACAGAGUCAUCAGAUGCUCAGGAGAUCAAUAAUCUGAUCAAUCCGUCCACCGUUGCUGUGUUCGGCAGAGUCAAUGUUAUUCACCUUCUGGAGAAAGCAAAUCUGGCCGUGACACUGAGCACCAGUAAGGAUAAAGUGCUCGCUCAUGCAUCCUUCUCUGACCACCCCAGGGAAGAGCUGGUGGAUCAGGCAUGCUGGGAGAAUUUAUUUCACAAACUCGACAAUGGCCAAAAAAUGACGCCUCUGAACACUCUCUUUCUGCGUCUCUUUGUCGCCCAGCCUAGCUUCUCUAUUGGGGGAGCUAAAGAGAUAGUCAGAACCGUCUUCAAUGCCAUUGUGGAGCUGGAACACAUCUGCCUCAUGAGUCCCUACAAAGGCUCACUCGAAGCAGGACUAGAGAAGAUCUUUGAUCCUGUAACGUGUCUCAAGGAGGAAAUUCAAUGUUCGGUUUAUGUUUGUCAUCGAUACAAUCACUGUCCACGGCUGCAUGUCCGCAGAGCCAGAGUGGAGGAUCAUGAUGACAUCAUGCAGAUAUUUGCAGAUCAGAUGGAGUCACUGGAGGAUACCCACGGGCCGUAUUUUCUGUCUGAGCUCAUCGAGUCUCAGGGCGAGGAGAACCGUGCUGUCGUCUGUGAGACUGAAGGAUGUGUCGUGGGCUUUGUCAGCGUGAGUGAUCACAUUGACCUGAAGCUUCUAAACACAUGCUUUGAGCUUGGAGCAUUUGAAGAACUGAGAAAGACGAAUUCAGUGGUCAAACCAGAGGAGCCAAACCCGUCAGAGGAGGAACAUCUCACCUCGUGUGUGUCCGUGGAGGUGAAAAACACAGAAUGUGAAUUGGAUCCGGGAGAAGAGACACAAGGUGGAGACCCUUCUGACACAUCCCAGCCAGAGAACGUUGAGUCAAGAGACACGGCCUCCUGCAAGGAUUCGGAACCGGACCGAUCUCAUAAUGCAUUCUGCAUUCAGCUCUUUACUAUGGAAAAGAGGUUUGAAAUGAGAUCAGCGGACCUCCUGCCGCACCUGUUUACACUUUAUCCUGAUCGGGAAUACGGUGUCAUCUCUGUACCCAAAGCGGCUCCAGAAUUCCCUCUCCUUCAGUCCUUCUUCAGAAUCAUUCCUCGUGAGAACAGCACGUUCCCACAUGAGCUGUACCUGUGCCAUCGCUGGGGGCUGCUGAGGACCCUGGAAGUGCGCGUCGCCGUGUCGGAUGAUAUCCCAGCAGUCCAGAGUCUGAUAGAAAGUCUUAACCAGGAGAAAUCCGUCCGUGAUGACCUGGAUCUAUUUCUGCAGGCCCGAAAAGACGUGGAUGGGGCGGCUCUUCAGGCUUUGGUGUUUCGGGUUCAGGGUCAGAUUGUUGGUUUGAUGAUCCUCAGAGAUGAAGAGGUAAACUCGGUGUUGAACGACUCGUCAUCAUGUCGCCUCACCACAAAUGCUUUGCUACAUCUUUCUGUUUUCACGUUGCAGGACAUUGAGUUUAUUCAAGCCAACUUUGACAUCGAGCGGUUUAUGUAUUUUAGCCAUCACCAGCGAGAGGAACACGGCCGCCUGUGUCACUUCAUCCUCCACCCAAUAUUCCAGCACCACGGCAAGCAUUUCUGUAAAGAGGCGCUACGCUUGGCACACAAGACCUGCCUUUAUUACCCUCUCUACCCGUCCCAGCACAGCCAUGAGGAUGUCAGUUCUCGCUCUCUGGCUGCCGUGCUGAACGUCAUGGUGCCCGUGAGCCCGAGACGGCAGAUCAUCUACCCGCAGGAGGAGCUGGGCAUCAACGCACCAUCCCGGCACAUCACCAGACAACAGGAUCCCUUUGCCCUGUAUUACACCAACAGAAAACUCAGCAUGGAGCCGAAGGUCACCAUCAACACCAGGAUUGUGGUAGUUGGAGCGUCUGACACGGGUUUAGCUUUCCUUGAAGCCUUGACUUUCUCUCCUCAUCUCAGAUUCAACAAUCUCACCCUCAUCUCCACUCACGGCCUUCCAGAUCACGCCGCUCCUGACAUGAGAUUUCUGGCUACAAGUCACUGCUACAGCUCUCAGGAUCACGCCCAGCUGUCCUUCCGUUCCUGGAUCAGCGUCGUGACGGAUAAGAUGAAGGCCAUCGAUCGCGAGGCCAAACACGUGGAACUGGCGAGUAACCACAGAGUACAGUACGACUGUUUGAUCCUCUGCGCUGGCCUUCAGUGUCAGAUGCCCAGUAUUACCAGUACAGACACCAGCAUCCGGACCACCGGCACUCAGAAUCCACCGUAUUCACAACCCGUCGCGUCCAACCUUUUCUCCCUCAAUGACCAACACGACUGUGUGAGCGUCCAUCGCUGGCUCAGCAACAACUUUCUAAACCGGACAGGUGAUGCAGUGGUUUAUGGAAGCGUCAUAGACGUGUACACAUGUGUGGAGACGCUCAUGCGUCUGGGUGUAGGUGGCGGGCGUGUUCAUAUAGUCCACCCCCCCGAUGACACCCCAUCAUCCUGUUUUCAUGACAGUGCUGUGGAGCUGGCAGUCAAUCAGGCUCUGGAGGAGGAGAACGUCCACGUCCAUCACAACUGCCUAUUGGCUCAAAUUAAUGAUGGACAGCACCCGGAUCCAAUAACAUGUGUGUCCUUCACCACAGCUGGCCCGCCCAUCCGGCUCGAGUGUGCAGUGCUCUUUAACUUCUCUGGUGAAACAGUUGACCGCGAUGCCUUCCGUGCUAUCAAUGAUGCCUGUUUAGUGUUUGAUGGCCGUCUGGUCAUUGAUCGUACUUUCCGUACCAAUGACCCCUCCAUAUACGCUGCCGGACCCUUAACUAAAUACUCCCGCCGUUACCAUGCCGACCAAUGGACCGGUGGCAGCUUUAAUUCCAAGGAAGUGGGUCAUAGUUUGGCAUCUGUUCUGCUUCCGUUGUUCGACCCGACUGUGGAGUGUCCCGUGAACCCAUCGGAACACCAGAAGCACCUGAUUCCAGUCUACAAUCAAGCCAAAAUGCAAGGUGGAAGGUUACCAGGCAGCUACAAUUACCUCCAUGUCACGAAACCGACUGCCAACAACACCCGAGCGUCACCAGAUCAACAUGGUUGUGAUAUUGUGACAGGCCGCACAGAAACAGGGAACUACUUUUGCCUGCAUCUCAACCAGCAUGACCUGGUGGAGACCAUCACGUGCCUCUCCAAGAAUCCUCUUCCCAUCUCCAACCUCCGGUGUCUCCACGGCAAACACCAGAUGCUGCUCAAUCACCUCCGCUCCAGAUACCACGAGGGUUUAGUCCAGGACUUGUACAGCUAUUUCAGAGAGAAUUGGUGCUUGGCACUGUUUCACGACCGCUUUACCGACUUUGAGCAAGAAGUUCGCCAAAUCAUGGAUUCAGGCAAAGUGGAGGGCGAUAAUGGUUCGGUGUCAAUGCACGAGGUUCUUCAGAAGAUGGUGGGGGAUAAAACAGAGACAGGCCAUCUGAUGAAUCUCAGCGAGAUGUUUGGGAAAAGCCAGACUUGUUCUGCUUUGAAGACGACCGUUCUGGAUUAUCUGAAAUAUAACAGAUAUCAUCUCACUAUGUACGCCCGGCCGGGACUGCUGUAAUCAUGAUAACAUCACAGUUAGGAGUAAUCAAUCACUUCUUUAUAUCUUUAAUUUCCUUCAGUUUUACAUUUAUUGCACAUAUGUUUGGGGGUGGGGCAAUUUGAGCAAAUAAAUAAAGCAGAUUAACAUUGUCUCAUGCAAAUCUUUGGUGUGUAAUGAGUGACGUUCAUUAAACAUCUGUCUGUUGUUGAAUGUUUCAUGUAUGUGCUAAGCAGUAUUCGGUUAUAUAUUAUGCAGAGAUGUAGAGCGCAGCGGGGCUCAUUGGUGCGGCGGGGCAGAUAAGGGCAGAAUGAGGGUAAAUCUGAGCCAGCAGCAGCUGUAUGAUAAUGAAGGUGGGGCAGAAAAACAGACGCAUGAUCCAACAUCAUACAACACUAAUGUGUUUUACUCCAUUACUUUAGUUCUGUUGGACAAAAUGCAACAACAAUAAUUGUUAUGAUUAUUGUUUUCUGUUUUCGUUAUUUUGUCCUACAUUAGUGAAUU